UUACCCCAAAGACGCCCCCUGGCUGUCUCCUCCUCCCUGUACCGAUGCUAUUGAUUGGCAUAAAGGGCGCCAAAAAAGGCCGGUGGGGGCGGCACAGCACCGCCAUGGAGCAGCGGAUCAGGAAACAAAAUUGCGAUAUGACAUCUCUUAAACAUGCCCUACAGUGCCAGGUAUUGAAAGGUGAAAGGUCAUCUUUAAGUGAACAUCUGGAAUUGCCGUUUUUAGCUUAAAAAAACAAAACACACACACCAAAAGCUGUGCCUACAGAAAAAAAAACUACCAAAAAUGCAACAGUGCCAAUUGCCAUGUGUGAACCUCAGGAAAACUGUCUUGUUGCCCAUAGCAACCAAUCACAGCACGCCUUUAAUCCGUUACCCUGCCCUUAAAAGAAUGAAAGCUGGGAUGGGACUGGUUGCUACUGGAAACAAAGACGGGCCUUCUUUCGGACAAUGGUCACACAUCCCCCUGGUGUGCGGACUGCUCCCAGGAAGGAGGCGGAGACGACAGCGUCAAUCCCUCCGGAAAGCCCGCGCAUGCGCCGUAGCGGAGCUUGGUAGAUGAGGCGGGUCCAGCACGACGUGGGUGUAUGCGUGUGACGUCACGGAGCGUAGCGGCGGCGCUGUGUGAGGAAGGAGCAGUGGGAGUGCGCUCUCGGUGCGUCUCCAUUAAUCCCUGUCGGUGAUCGCUCCGUUGUCCCGUUUUUGUGGUUGUCCGUGUUAACGACCUGGUCCUUGGCACUGUCGCUACGUCUCGCCGCCUCCCGGAGAGGCCCUGAAGGUCGCCUGGCCCUGCAUGCGAUGGGAGCUUUAUCAUGUCAAGCGAGACUGGGCUAGGUACACGUCUGAGGGCCUCAUCUGGAAUGGGCGACGGAGUAGAAGGGGUCCCAAUGUCAGGGGCCCCACAGGCUGCACCUCCACAACCCCAGGCACAGGGUCCCGUGUUAAUCAACCCUCCUCCUCCUGAUACUACCAGGUCAACCCAGUCAAAGCGCCAGACCAACCAGUUGCAGUACUUAUCAAAAACCGUGCUGAAGACACUAUGGAAGCACCAGUUUGCUUGGCCUUUUCAGCAGCCUGUGGAUGUUAUCAAACUAAACCUGCCUGAUUAUUACAAAAUUAUCAAGAUCCCAAUGGACAUGGGCACCAUUAAGAGACGUCUGGAGAACUAUUAUUACAGCAAUGCCCAGGAAUGUAUCCAGGAUUUUAACACCAUGUUUACAAACUGCUACAUCUAUAACAAGCCUGGUGAUGAUAUAGUUUUGAUGGCUGAAGCCCUGGAGAAACUCUUCUUGCAGAAGAUUUCUGAAAUGCCCCAGGAAGAGUCUGAGUUACCAGUUGUCCAGAGCAAAGGACGCGGCCGUGGACGGAGGGAACCAGAUACGGCAGUCACCCCAAUGAGAACCAGGGUCCCGUCAAUAAACCAGGGAGACAAAUCCAUCUCUAAAACUCCAGUCACAUCUGUCUCUAAGCCUGCAACCCCUACCACUCCUGUGACCCAGGCACCUACCCCUCCGCAGACCCGUACCCCACCUGCCCGCACCCCAACCAUCACGCAAGCGCCCCUUACGUUUUCACCUACAGUCACUCAGGACAUGGUGGUGCCCACAACAAUACCUGCUGCUCCACAACCCGUGCAGAGUCUUACACCCAUCAUCCCAACUGCAACUCAGCCCGUAAAGGUGAGAAGAAUGAAAGGGGUUAAAAGGAAAGCUGAUACUACGACUCCCACCACCCAUGAUCCUCUCCAUGAAUCUUCGCCACUUCCUAGUGACUCUAAGCCACCUAAGCCUGCACCGCGGCGGGAGAUCAGUCGCCAGGCACGGCCAGCAAAGAAGACUGAGGUGCCUGACUCCCAGCUUCCUGCACCACCUGUCUUACACACUGCUGCAGUUCCAGCAUCCAUCCCAGUAAAUAGCAGUACCAAGGUCUCUGAGCAACUAAGCUAUUGUGCUGGACUUGUCCGGGAAAUGUUUGCCAAGAAGCACACUGCCUAUGCCUGGCCAUUUUAUAAACCAGUGGAUGUGGAGGCUCUCGGACUGCAUGACUACUGCGAAAUUAUCAAGCAUCCUAUGGAUCUGAGUUCUAUCAAGGUGAAAAUGGAUAAUAUGGAGUAUCGGGAAGCCCAGGAAUUUGCAUCUGAUGUGCGGCUUAUGUUUUCUAACUGUUAUAAGUAUAACCCGCCAGACCAUGAAGUGGUAGCCAUGGCCCGAAAACUGCAGGAUGUAUUUGAAAUGAGAUUUGCGAAAAUGCCAGAUGAACCUGAAGAAACGCCUGUACCUGCACCCUCACAAAGUCCAGGUCCUCCUGCACCCUCCAUCAAAGGUCCUUCCCAUAUUUCUAGCGACAGCAGCAGUGACAGCUCUUCUGAUAGUGAAAGUAGCUCUGAUAGUGAAGAGGAGCGAGCGCAGAGGUUGGCGGAGCUUCAGGAGCAGUUGAAAGCUGUUCAUGAGCAGUUAGCGGCCCUCUCUCAGCCACAGCCAAACAAACCAAAGAAAAAGGAGCGUGAGAAGCGGAAAGAAAAGCACAAAAGGAAGGAAGAGGUUGAGGAGCCGCGUAAGAACCGAACCCGGGAACCUCCAGCUAAAAAACCCAAGAAAAGUGUUCAAGGGCCGGUGGGAACACCAAGCAUAAAAAAAGAAGCUCCCCUACCAGUGUCACGCCCACCUCGUCCUGCACCCCCACCCGCCCCCUGCGAGUCUUCAGAAGAGGAAACGCAAAGGUGUCGACCUAUGUCUUAUGAGGAAAAGCGCCAGCUGAGCCUGGACAUUAAUAAACUUCCAGGGGAGAAGCUAGGCCGUGUUGUACACAUUAUUCAGUCCCGGGAACCAUCCCUUAAAAACUCAAACCCAGAUGAGAUUGAAAUAGACUUUGAGACCCUUAAACCGUCCACUCUGCGAGAGCUGGAAAGAUAUGUCACCUCUUGCCUGAGAAAGAAGCGAAAGCCUCAAGAUAAAAUUGAGGCUCCCACAUCUGGUUCCGGUAAAGGGAAAGGCUUCUCAUCUUCUGAAUCUGAAAGCUCUAGUGAGUCCAGCACUUCAGAUAGUGAAGAAUCUGACCCAGAAAUGGCUCCAAAACUGAAGAAAAAGAGUCACUCAGGGAGAGAGUCCAGAAAGAAUCAUCAUCAGUCCCACCCUCCUCAACCGUCUCUUGCCCCACCUUCCAAUGCCAUGAAGCCACCCUCCCCUACUCCACCACCUUCAUAUGUUCCUCCUCCAAGCUUGGACUCAUCCCAUCCAGCGCUUCAUCAUCCUCUCCAUCCUGCUAGUGUUUUCGAAGCUGUUUCCGCUCACUAUGGGCAGGCAGGUCUACAAAUCCCUACACCUGAUCUUCCAGCACAUCUAACAGGUGGUCAGCCGGAACGUGUAUCUCCACCUCAUCUCAACCAACAUGCCCUCGUUAGUCCUCCAGCUCUGCACAACGCCAUGCCCCAGCAACCCUCUCGCCCCUCAAAUCGUGCAGCUGCUCUCCCCCCAAAACCUGUCCGAAGACCAUCAUCUUCGCCGCCUCCCCCACAACCGCAUCACCAACCAGCCUCUCAUUCCCACCACCACCACCAUCCACAGCCCCCUCAUAUCCUUUUAGAAGAUGAUAGUCCACCGUCUCCUGUAAGUGGUCUCCCUCCUUCCCCUAUUCAGCUUGGCCCUGCACAGAUGACUCUUUACCUGCAGCAAUUACAGAAAUCACAGCAACCUCCCACUCAAUCUCCCCUCCAGCCUCUGCUCCCUUCUGUCAAAGUGCAAAGUCAAGCGCCACUGAGUGCUCCUCCCCAGUCAGUGCGCCACUUGCCGAACCUGCCUUACCCGUCUCCAUCCUCUUCCUCUGUAAGCACUGCCCCCCAACCACCUCCUGUAUCCCAUGUGCACCAGUUACAGACUCCCCCUGCAGGCUCUCAGCAGCAGCCACCAGGGCAGGCACCACCCUCAUCCCAGCAACACCCAACUCUGCAAAGCCCUUUGGCUCCUCCACACCAACAGCUUGUGCAACACCAGCAGGCCAAGCAGCAGCAAGUGAUCCAACACCAUCACCCAUCACCACGGCAGCAGAAACCAGAGCCGUACCCAGGAGGUCACAUGAGAGAGGCCCCUUCACCUCUUCUCCUCCAUUCACCUCAGGUGGCUCCAUUUGCAGGCAUGGCACAUCCACCUUCACCGCAGGCUGUACUGCCUAAGAAGCAGGAAAUGAGAGGAUCGUCAGUGUUGCAGCCUCAGCCGCUUGUGGUAAAAGAACAAAAGCGCCAUUCACCCUCUCUGAGGCCUGAAGGCUUCUCUCCUGCCAUGAGAAGUGAAUCCCACAAACUUCCAGAGUCCCUCAAAGGUUCCAGCCAUGAGCAGCCACGGCCAGAGAUGAAACCCAUUGAUGGUAGCCGCCCUGUUCGACCUCCAGAUCAGAACAUCACCCCUCAAGUGGUACCUGAGAAAGAGAAGCAAAAGCAGGAACCUAAGACACCAGUGGCCCCCAAAAAGGAUCUGAAAAUUAAAAGUAUGGGCUCCUGGGCCAGUCUGGUGCAAAAGCCUCCAGUCACCCCGACUUCAGCCGGGAAGUCAUCCAGUGAUAGCUUUGAGCUCUUCAGACGUGCAGCCCGGGAAAAGGAAGAGCGGGAGAAGGCACUGAAACUGCAGGCCGAACAAGCUGAGAGAAUGCGGCGAGAGCAGGAGAGGAUGAGAUCUCGGGAAGAAGAUGACGCUCAGGAGCAAGCACGUAAAGUGCACGAAGAGGCUCGUAGGAGACAAGAGCAGCAGCAGCAGCAACAGCAUGUGCAAAAUACUCUUCCUGCAGCUCCCCCGUCUACACAAAGCUCUCAACCAAUAAUGGAUCAGAGAGAGAUGGAAAGGAGGAGAGAACAGGAGAGAAGACGGCGACAGGCGAUGGCCCCCUCUAUAGACAUGAAUUUUCAGAGUGACCUGAUGGAGAUAUUUGAACAGAACUUGUUCUCUUGAGACUUCAGUCUUCGCACCGUCACCACCUCCACCACUUUACUCCACUCAACCCUGUCCCAUGAUUUCCACUUUUAUUUUUUUGGGGGUUUUCUUUUUCUUUUUCUCUUAUUAAAUAUCACUGAGGGGCAGAGGGGACACCACCGUUCAAGAGACGCUGACAUUUAUGCCCCUCAUGUAUUUUUAUCUCAGCCUUCGUACACAGAAACAUGGAGUCUCCAGAAGUGUUGAUAUGAAAGCGACAUACAGCCUCAGUAUGGAUUAUCGUGCAGUAAACACCCCCCCUCCCCCCUCUUUGUGGGCAGAGCAAUUUGGAAGAGCACAGACUCUGGUGGUGGCAGUGGUGUCCCUCUAUCACCCACUUUCUGUGAGCAGUGGGGAAGGAGCACUCUGCAUUGGAUGAGGUUCAUACGCAAGAGACAGGCGUUUGGGUACAGUGCAAAGUGUGCUUGUUUGUGUCAGGGCUAAGAGGGCUGCAGAACAUUGCUAAUUGUGUGCGCGCAACAAAUCGCUACGGCAAAUAGAGACGACUGGUGUAUAUAAUCCAAAUGCCCUUGCAGCUCUUGGGGGGGCCCAUUUAGCCUUGUUUUAUACAGGAUUGCAUCAACUCACCUUUCCGCUGCCAUUACACCUCGAGUUCAGUUGUUGGGUCCUGGGCAGAGAUGCAUCGCAAUAUGUGUGUGUCACUAGUGCAUAACAUGUAUGUUACAUGGUAUAGAACGUGGACGUGCCUGGCAAACAUUUUACAGUGAACGAAAUGCGGCAGAGAAAUGCAAGAUGGCAAUUUCGGCAUUGGUUGAAUUCUUCUUUUAAAGGGUCACGCAAUGUUCUGAACGGACGUCCGCAGUUUUCUAUAUAUGUGUGAUGCCUGCAUCCUGUCCCGUGCCCGACGUCACUCAUCGAGUACAUGUUGGCUGCAUUUCAUAGACAGUGAUGACUGCUCUACAAUAGCCCAUCUUUUUGUACACACAUUUCUAUGUGCCUGCAAUGAUUGUACUUUUUUUUCUUUUCAUUUUUUUUUUUUUUAUUAUAUUGUAUACAUCUUAUUUUCAUGUUGUGUAUGUGCGUGUUUGUCCCUGUACACCCAAAUUGCUCUUGAAACUCAGGUAUUAAUCCCCUUUCUCUAAAGGCGUAGAAACUGCUCAGCAUAAAUCCAGUAGAAAGUAAGCAAGCCUAGUCUGCUAGUCCCAUUCUGCACAUGGUUGCAUUGUAUAUUGCUUUACAUGUAUACAUGCGGGUGGGCUGUAUACAGACACACACAUGUAGUUGCAUGGUUUAUACGUAUUCUGACUUUGUUAUAAACGCCAUCCUAUGUAUUUUUAAUAUUGCUCUGCUGGGCUGACCAUUUACUUUGCAUGGCUGCCUUCAUCCCCUGUAGUCUACAUUUUCUUGCCCAGCAGGUCGUUUCCCACCACUGCUGCGCAUCCCAUACUAAGGGUAAUGCUCUGCGAGUCCAUCCCCCCCGAUCGUCGUGCCUCGUUCUUGUAUUCUCACAAGGAUAUCGCACUUCAAUAGUGGGUGUUUAAACCUGCAAGCAUUGUGGGUAGAAAUGAAUGCGUGUGCUGGGGGGGGGGGACCCAUGAGGCACACGAGCAGCUGCGUAUACACUGUAGCGUCAAUAUUCUCCCCAACAUCCCCCCCCCCCCCCCCCCAUGCAAAACGCUCAUAUGACCAUGUUAUGCUGUGAAAUCUCUCGGAGUUCAGCUCUCUGCUGCUGCAGGUUAAACCUGGUGCAACGAUCUGCUCGCACACAAUACAAUAGUCUGCAAAAAUCCCUAUGCCCUUAGUCUGUAGGCACUGCAGUAAUGCAGAGUAGCUGUACCAGCCCUAAGUUUAGUGCGGGCCCUGUGAGUGAGUGACUGUGUGUAUGUGCGUGCGUAUUCGUGUGUGCAUGACGGGGAUUGGGGGGGGGGGGGGGGAUCUUUAAUUGUUUUGAUCACCCUGUUAAUUUGAUACAAACUCACCUUCCCCUCAAACUUUCCUUCCCAUAUCCUGUCUCUGUAAUUUUACUCUGUUUAUUUUUUGUUCUUUUUUAUUUUUAUUUUAUAUAUAAAUAUAUAUAAUUUGAACUGUUCAAAAAG